GUCCUUAAGCAGUGCAUGGUGUAACAUGUGUUGGAUAAUUUCUUCUAGAAGAAGCUUCGCAGUUCCUUUUGCCGUUGUAGUUUGCCGGACCUGAGCUUUACUGUUCGCACUACCCUGGAUACGCCGUCUGGAAGCCAAAAUACAUCCGGAGAUACAUCUUUAAGCUGUUCACGUUUCAGGGAGUCCGUUUCGACACCAGACGCCGUCGUUAUAUUAGAUUUAGUUGGCCUGUUAGCCAAUCUGUCAAAAAUGUUGAGUGUAGCAAGAUGCGUUCCAAGGACUCUCCCGACAAGCAAUUGUACAAGAAAUGUGUCCUCUUUCGUUAAAAAGACAUGUUGGACGGGCGGCUUCCAACCAGAUGCUCUCAGAGCUCUGUCCAGGAGGGACUAUGCGUCAGAGACCAUCAAGGGCGCAGUCAUUGGAAUUGAUCUUGGAACCACUAACUCGUGUGUUGCCGUCAUGGAGGGCAAACAGGCCAAGGUGUUGGAGAAUGCAGAGGGAGCCAGAACGACUCCUUCUGUCGUCGCUUUCACAGCAGACGGGGAGCGUCUGGUGGGCAUGCCCGCUAAACGCCAGUCUGUCACCAACCCUCAGAACACGCUGUAUGCCACCAAGAGACUGAUUGGACGUCGCUAUGACGAUGCCGAGGUCCAGAAAGACUUAAAGAACGUCCCCUUCAAGAUUGCUCGUGCAUCUAACGGUGAUGCUUGGCUGGAGGUUAAUGGGAAAAUGUACUCUCCCAGCCAGACUGGAGCCUUCGUCCUGAUGAAGAUGAAGGAGACUGCAGAGAACUAUCUGGGAACCAAAGUGAAGAAUGCUGUGGUCACUGUACCAGCUUACUUUAACGACUCUCAGAGACAGGUACGCACACACUUCAUGCCACUCUCGCACUACACUUUGAUGGGCACAUACAGUGGGUACGGAAAGUAUUCAGACCCCUUUAAAUUUUUCACUCUGUUUCAUUGCAGCCAUUUGCUAAA